CUACAAUAUCCUUAGGGGAGCCCAAAUAGCUCUCAAACAUUACAUAUUUGUUGCAAUUCCCUACCACAACGAAUAAAUGUAAUAAGAAGGUGGGUAAUCAGGAGCAGCAACAACAAAUACAGUUUUGUGAGAUGCCUUCCUGCCUUGCUGCCUGGAACGCGAGAUUGUAUGUUGCUAGUCUAUUCUGAUUGGACCAAGUGAUGGACUUAUUACGUAAGGCUGCUCACCAGAGCAACAAGAUGCGCUAACCCGUUUCUGGAAAUAGAUCAAUAGGCCUUGGUCAACCCCUGACGCUGCUGUUUUUGACAAUUUCUCUCUCUUAGUUGGGUCUUGAAGAACGGAAUUCACAGUAUAGGACCGAACUUGCACCAAUAAGCACCAAUGGCAUUGCCUCUUUCGCCGGCCUUUACAGGCGCCCGCACACCGGACCGGUGGAAUUCGAAACCGAGAACGAAAACACGCACAGUUGCGCCGAAACGAGUCUACGGAAAACGAAGAGCGGAUGCCCCGCGAGCUGUGUUCGAACAGAGGAGUCCAGAAAAGCUGGUGGAGGGGAGAACAGAGAAGGCCGUUCAGGAAGCUGUGGAUUGUAUCCAAGCUCGGCUGGCAGAAGUCACGAUUAACAAACCUAGAAAAAAGAAAGACAAUGUCGACGAGCCAGUCGUGCCCAUGGAGCAACCGAAUCUUCUCCAAAGUGAACUACCAGUGCAUAUACCCGAGACCGAAUCGAUCAAAACCGAAAAUGAAGAACGAAAUGGAGAAAAGCCUACAAAGGAAAGCCCUCCAGAAAGCAUCCCGAAGCCACAGAAGAAAUACGAGAUGGUGGUGGAAGUCAGAGUCAGUUCGGAACUUACAACAUCAAAGCCACAAAAGAAACAAAAGGAGAUUAUGUGCAAUGUGCAAAGGCAGAAACCGACCGAGGGACGAACAAGAAGGAACAAGGCUACGGCUCGUCUGUCAUCUGGGUGUGUGCUGGACGACAAGGUUAAUUCCUAUGUUCGUCCCAUUCUGAACGAGGCUCUAUCACCAGUCGCCGCACAGAGCGCUCAAAAGUUUGGCUCAUGGGCUGCUCGUGCGGGAGACAUGCUGGAGGUGGUGAAAAUUGCGGAGGGUUCCUACGGAGAGGUCUAUAAACUCCGCCUGCGCGAGGAGGUGUGCAAGAAAGAAAUGUCUAAAUCCAAGCUUGCUCGUCUAAAAGCCUACGGCGAUGGCGUGUUCAAGAUUGUUCCCUUGCGAGCACAGAGUGGGCCUGGCUCGAAAAAGUUCACGAGCAUCGAGGAAAUUGUGUCUGAAGUUAAGAUGCUCAAGUACUUGGAUCCAAUUCCAGGAUUUGCUCGCUUUAGGGAGAUUCACGUGGUUCAAGGUCGAUUUCCAGAGUCCUUCCAGAAGGCUUGGGACCAUUACAAGAAGACCAAGGAUGAUUGCUUGAACCCCAAUCCGUCCAGCAAGAAAGCGUAUCCUGAUUCACAGUUAUGGGCUAUCGUGGAGAUGGAUGAUGCUGGCUGUGAACUUGAAAAGUUCGCCUGGUCAUCAAUCUUCCAAAUCUACGAUAUCUUCUGGGGAGUGGCAAUGGCUCUUGCUCGUGCUGAGGAGUAUGCACAGUUUGAGCAUCGUGAUCUUCAUCUUGGAAAUGUUUGCAUCAGGAGUACCCGGCCAAAUGGUUGCAUGAAUCCGCCGACAGACCUCGAUGUGAUGCGGCAAUCAUACUCAAGCGGAUUUGGCCUGAGCACGUUAGAGACCACUAUUAUCGAUUACUCACUUUCUCGUGCGGAACUGCGUGUUGAGGAGUCCGGCGAGGUGGUAGAAGUAGCAUCGUCAGAUCUUGAUAAGAAACAGAUCUUCGAUGCUAUUGGACGAGACGAAGAUGAGGCCAUGCUGAGAGAUACUUAUAGAUAUAUGCGUGCUGAGCUUUACAACGGAAACCCCCUUGAGAACGAGAAGAUGCCCGACAUUCCCGGAAUUUGGGCCGAAUAUGCACCAGGCACGAAUCUUGUUUGGCUUCUCUUUUUACUCAAGACUUUGCUCAAGAACAGGAAGGCGGACGUUUCACUUCCAGCACCACGACAGCCUCUCUCCCAAUGUUCGCCAAACAAAACACUCAAAAAACCAACCAAAUCGGCAAAGAAAGACAUGCCCCAUACGAUUCAUACAACGGCGGAUGCGCCGAAGCAAGUUUCUCAACUGAAAGCUACGCUCGAGGAUAGACUGAACGCUGUGCUGGACCUUUUGCAUCUGGAGCAUGGCCAUGAGGAUAUGUGCUGUGCUGCCGACUUGGUAGCCUAUGCGAUCGACUCUCAGUGGCUGGACGAGAGGGACUUUUUCUGAUUUCGAGCUGUGUAUCAUGGAGGCGUUAAGUGGUUUAUUAUACUUCUCUUCUGGCGCAACUGGUUAUGGCUCGUAUAUAUAGACACGGUUUAGCAUGGCGUUUAGCAGGAGUCUUGACCUUCGCAAUACCAAACUCUUACGUUCAUCUGGAA